CCCCUCUCCGCCCCUCCCCGGCCCCUGUCCGCCUCUCCCCGGUCCCUCUCCGCCUCUCCCCGGCCCCUCUCCGCCCCUCCCCGGCCCCUGGCCGGCCCCUGUCCGCCUCCUCCCGCCGUGUUUGCCGUCGUUGUGUCGGGCUUUGUGCGGCUCUCACCGCAGGGUUUGAAUAGGAGCUGCUCAUUCAGGCUGGCCGCCGGACGGGAAGUGCGUGCGGUCAGACCAGCUGUCCGCCUGCUCGCAGCUCCUCACGCACGAUCUGCCUCCGCACACACCGGCGUCUUGUCACCUUAAGCCCGGAGUCUUUCCUUCCGGCGUUCUGUUUCGUGCCAGCGGAGGAACCCGGAGCUUCAGACCUGCAUCAGACUGAGCUCCGCUCUGGGUUUGCUGCUCAUCAAACACCUACGGGGCGAUUUUUCUUUUCUUAACCACCAGAACAAAUACAGUCCCUGUUUUUCUGCCGCACGCAGUGACAGGCGCUCACUGGAAACCAGCUUCAGGCUGUCUGGGUGGAUUAUGAGCAGCCCAAUGGCCGGCUCUGCUGGCUCCGGGUCCAAAGACCGCCCAGCCUCCAGGACCAGCUUCAUCCCAGAGCUGCAGAGCAUGAUGUUCGCUCUGGGAGACGCUCGCCGGCCUCUGCACGAGACGGCAGCGCUGGUGGAGGACAUCGUGCACACACAGCUCAUCACCAUGCUCCAUCAGGCCUGUGAGGGGGCGUCGCUCCGAGGAUCCAGAGUCAUUUCAGCAGAAGACAUCCUGUUUCUGAUGAGGAGGGACAAGAGGAAAGUCUCUCGGUUACUGAAAUAUCUGCAGUUCAGGGAUUAUAAAUCCAAACUGCUGCGAAGUCUGGAGGAGGAGGAGCCUCAGCAGGAGCCAGACCGCUGGGCCGGAGCCGCCGGCGGCGCCCAGCGGCGGCAGCGAUUGGCUCAGGACUUCCUGGUGUGGAUGGAUCAGACGGGAGAGCUGCUGACGCUGGCCGAGCGACAGGAAGUGGACCCGGUCAAACAGGAGAGGCUGGAGCGUUUGGAGCGUCAGACUCGGGCGAUGGACCAGACUCAGUACUCCGAGUUCUGUGAGAGUCGACAGCUCAGCUUCGCUAAGAAAGCCUCUAAGUUCCGGGACUGGCUGGACUGCAGCAGCCUGGAGCUGAAGCCCAACAGCGUUGCCAUGGAGAUCCUGUCCUACCUGGCCUACGAGACGGUUGCCCAGAUUGUGGAUCUGUCUCUGCUGGUGAAGCAGGAAAUGACGGCCAAGACCAGCCCCGUCGGUCACGUGAUCUCCGCCAGCUACAUCCACUACAACACACACACCGAGGUGAAGAAAGACCCAGACUCUCCUGAGGCCACGCCCCCUUCAACUCCAAGCUCCUCCCACUCAUCCAAGCCCCUCCUCCAGGGUAACGGCAGCCUGGACGGGCGGGCCAGACAGAGGAAACGCAAGAAGAGUUGUCCAGCCUCAGUGGAGCCCCCCAGUGGAGCCAUCCAGCCCUGUCACAUCAGAGAGGCCAUCAGGAGAUACAACUACAGACACACAAGCGCGUACUGCCGGAGUGGGAUGGCGUUCCUGGCCUGCUGACGCUCCGCCCACCUCCAGCUCCUGACCUCCACCUCCUGACCUCCAGCUCCUGACCUCCGGCUCCUCACCUCCACCCCCUGACCUCCACCCCCUGACCUCCACCUCCUGACCUCUACCCCCUGACCUCCACCC